UGGGGACAGAGCGGGCGCUCACCUGGAGGGGUCCCCUCUAGCGGCCACAGGAGGAACCUUGCAGCAAGACCCCCUCCCCCUCUCAGGCUGUCCUAGAGAGCUCAGGUGCUUAAAAGAACAUGCGGUAGAGGUUUCCAUCAAACAAAUGCAUCAAGUCCCAGAACUUUGCUGACAUGAACAACUCUGCAGAGAAUGACACACAAACCAGCAAACCUUUCAGACGUGCCAACAAAGUACACAGAGGUUUUACUGCUGCAUAUCCAACACAGUCCUCUAUUCCUUUUAAAUCCCAAAUUCCAGUAGUUCCAGAAUCAGAAAAGAAAGGAUUCAAUAUUCAAGCCAAGAGAUUUUAUCAAAAGACGGAUGAUCUCCCAGGCCCUGGGUUCUACAAUGUCAUUCACCAGUCUCCAGUGUCCAACAGUGUCUCAUUGUCCAAGAAAGGAACGUGCACUUUCCCCUCUAUGUGCACGCGAUUGGAUGCCAGAGCUUCUAAAUAUCCUGCAGCUAACGCAUACACUAUCCCAUCAGACUUUAUUUCGAAGAAAGACUUCAGUAAUUCCUGUUCCAGUAUGUUCCAGCAGCCAAGCUUCGCAAAAAUUCUCAAAUCUGAAACUCCUGCACCAAACUAUUACAAUGCCUCUAUCUCUUGCUGCACGCAGAGAAACAACGUCUCUGCUCGAGCUGGAUUUAUGUCAAAAACCCAAAGAGGAUUUUUCACUGUUCCUGAAAAAGGACCUGCCCCAGGGCAUUAUAAUAUUGAUGAUUCCUUUGUGAAGCAGUCACCAAAGAUAUUAAUGUCUUGUUUUAAAUCAAAAACCAACCGUGGAUUAAAAUUGAUGUCAACAAGCCCAGGACCUGGUUAUUACAAUCCAACUGAUGGCACCAAAGUUGAAAAAAAGACUCUUAUCCCGAAAAACCCCAUCCUGAACUUCUCUGCCCAGCCACUGUCUCUGCCCCCAAAGCCACCUCUCCCGGGCCCUGGGCAGUAUGAGAUCGUGGACUACGAGGGCCCCCCCAAGCAUUUCGUCUCCAGUGCAUCGUUUGUGUCCAACACCGGCCGGUGGACAGGAGCACCGUCCCAGCCAGGCCUGCCUGGCCCAGCCACGUACAAGCCAGAGUUCCCGGGAAAGCAGUCCUUCCUCUACAACGAGGACAACAAAUGGAUCCCAGUGUUGUAGUGCGUCACACAGCUCAGGGGUACCUGGGCCCCCAGCCCAUCCCACCCAGCUUCCCCAGGACGUUCCUUAGGAGAGUGUGGACUGCCUGUGAGCUGACGGCUGGGCCACUGUGCCACACCUGCCACCUGGUGCUGGAGCCACCGCUGCCACUGUCCUUGUCAGAGCUCCCCUGCAGAUGGCAGCCACCCCCGACUCCAGCAGUUUCCUGAGCAGACAGGAGGAGGGGACAGAGGCCCCACUCCCAGGCUGCCUUCUGGACAACCCCCUCCACAGACACAGGGGCUCCUGAAGUGCAGCCUCCGAGAACAGCCCACGGUGACGGGCCAAGGCCAAUCCAGCCCAGAAACCUGACGCUGAGCUGGAGCUCUGGGGCCCGGGGUGUGCCCGUGAAGUGGACAGCGUACACAGGGGCCCAGGCACAGUCCCAUCCCUCUGGCCCCGACUUCCAGAUGCCUCCUUGAGUCCAGGAAACAGGACGGCUCGGAGGUACCUGUGACAGAGACAUGAAGGGGUUGCUUGGGCCUCUCGUCCCCUGCUAAUCCUUGGCGUGUCACCAUCAGGAAGAACAUGGAAACCGGUCACCAUGGUCACUUUUUACCCAUUCCCUGCUUCCAGAGAGGUGGGCCACAUCAGUUUACUGGCCUGGCGUUGGGCAGCACAUAUGACCAGGACCCUGCUAGAGCCAGAGCUUGGAAGAGGAGCAGGGAGGCCACGCUGUGCCCCGCCCCUGCAGGCUCGCACUUCCCCCGACCUUUCCCCUUCCCAGCCUGGCCUCCGUCCCUCCCUGACCUCCUGCCCCAGUGUCAGAAAAAGACUUAUUGACCAAGUGUGACACAAUCUUUAACGCAUCUUUUCUGGCCUGCCAAAUCCUUUACCCUGAGCAAGAGGAAGAGAUUCCCAAAGAACCAA